CGCGGCAAUCCCGUGCUUGAACACAUCCGGAAUGUGGGCAAGGAGGUCCGUGAGAUCGUCGCCGACUACCAGGUAGGGCGGACGACGGGUGUCCUGUUCCUUAGCUUGCGGUACCACCGACUUCACCCAGAAUACAUCCACAAGCGCAUAGAGGAACUGGGGAACUCGUACAACCUCAGGAUCUUAUUGUUAAUGUGCGAUGUAAGCGAGCACCAAGAGCCUAUCAGAGAAUUGACGAAGAUUUGUCUCAUCAACAACAUCACAAUCAUGGUGGCUUGGACCCCGGAGGAGGCAGGGUUCUACCUCUCGACGUACAAGCAGUUCGAGCACAAGCCACCGGAUCUCAUCAAGGAACGGGUUGACAAGAGCUACCAUGCAAUGCUCCGCACAGCCCUAACAAGUAUCAGCAAAGUUAACAAAACCGACGUCGAGACCCUGCGGACCUCGUUCGGCAGUUUCGCAGCUAUCUCACGAGCCACCACUGAGCAGCUACAAAACUUGCCCGGCUUCGGGCAAGUCAAGGCGAAGCGCGUGGUAGACGCGCUCGAGAAACCGUUC